AUGAAAAAUUACAUAAUUCUAAAAGCGUUUUGUAAAAAAGUCUAUCUUGUCGGUUCAGGAAAUUUUUGGUAUGAAGCGGACGAAGUAGGAAAUGAUAAUAAGACGUAUUACAAAAUACUAAGUACAGUACUUUUUUCCGUCUAUAGUUUUAUGACCGCAUUAGAAAUAUUAGCAGCUUUAAUUGGUGACUUGCCUAAGGAUGAGAAAAGUGAUGCCAUAUCGUUUGCUGUGAGUCAUACCAUUGUUAUGAUGAAACUCUACUCUGUUAUUGGGAAUAAAACAUUGAUUAAACAGCUUCUGUAUGACUUGGUUAAAGUUUGCGAAACUCACGAAGAUGAAGCUUUAAUGAUUGAAAAGUACAACAGGGUUAAAGUAAAUAUAACGGCUUAUAUCGUUAUUGUUUAUGGUUCUGUGGCUUGCUUUAUAUUCGAAGGCUUGAGGAAAGUCUACAACGGCUCGCAUUUUGUAACAGUCGUCACAUAUUACCCGUUAUACGAUGACGAAUCUAUAAUCGCUACUAUUACAAGAACUACUACUACGGUUAUUCUAUGCAUCAUGAUGAUAAGUAUGAUAACCACAGUAGACGGACUUACGAUGGUCAAUCUUAUAAUAUUCAAAUAUAAACUUAUAACGUUGAGACAUUAUUUCGAGAAUUUACGAGAUGAGGUCGAGCGUAUUUGUGUCCGGGGUGAUAUUGUGCAAGCGGCCGAGAACUUAUCAAAUGGAUUGAUCGAAGGAAUUAUAAUGCAUAAAGAACUAUUAAGGCGUCCCUUUUAUCGGAGUCUAUAUUCUAUUGCGGCUGGAAUCUCCUUCCACCGCACUUGCCUCGUGGUCGCCAUCUUCGUAAAAUCGUCAUGUUCGCAUGUAUAAGAGCGCAGCAACCUCUGAUUAUGAAAGCAUUUAAAAUGAU